GGAGAUGGAGGAUGUCGGGGAGGGCUGGGGCCAGGAGCAGGGGUGCCCCCCCUGUGGAGGAGGAGUGCCAAGGUGCAGCGGGGAGGGCUGGGGCGGAGGGCUCCCCCUUGCCAGAGGAGGGGGCCGGGGUGGCCGCCCACCCCGGACAGACCCCGGCGGGCCGGGGCGGAAGGGGCGGCUCUGCCCGGCCCUUCCCGCACCUCCCCGGGCCGCCCGCGCCGCGGGCUCGGUGCGGAGCCGUGCCGAGCUGGGGAGCUCCGCCUGCCGGGACGUGACCCCCGGGGCACCUGCCCGCGUCCACAGGGAGGCUGGGCAGGCUGGGUCGUCCCUUGCUCCGACGACACCGGCAGCUCCUCUCGGUGCCCAGGUGUCCACAGGAGCUGCUGCCAUGGAGCUGGGGAACAUCUCGGAGCCCACGUACGGCCCUGGCCCCGAGGCGCCUGGGAGCAGCACGCCGGGAGUGGUGACAAUGGCACACGGCUUCCUGCGGCUGGUGCAGCCCAACCCCCUGCCCACAGAGCUGAUUAAUUUUGAGCAGUCCCAGAGCGACUUCAGCCGGGAGGACAUCCAUGAGCUGCUGCUCUAUGAACUGGGUUUCCUCAUCUGCGUGGCCAUUGGAGUCCUCUUCAUCAUCCUGGUGCCACUGGUGGGAUGCUGCUUCUGCUGCUGCCGCUGCUGUGGGAACUGCGGGGGCCGCAUGUACCAGCGGCAGGGCCGGCGGAUGCGCUGCCGGCGCCGGGCGCUCUGCGCCUCCGUGCUGCUGGUCUCCGCCUUCCUCCUGGCUGGCAGUGUCUGCGCCCUCAUCAGCAACACCCGCUUCUCCCAGGCUGUGAAGGGCACCUUCCCCAAUGUGAACAACACUCUGAAAGACGUCCACACCUACCUGGCCUCCAUCCCUCAGCAAGUCAAUUUUAUCAUCAACAGGAGUGACGUCCCACUGGACUACGCCAACCGCAGCCUCCAGGACAUUGGGCCCAACCUGGGCAGUAUGAUCACCUCACGCAUCAGGAGCAGCAUGGAUGGGGCUCUGGGAUCUCUCCAGAGCCUCUUGCAAGGGAUGGAGAUGCUGAAGGACACCUUUGGCAGCAUCGCCAUCAGUCGCUCAGAGCUUGAGCAGCUGCAGAGCAACUACAGCCAGCGGCAGGCCAGCCUGUGGGACAGGCUCAACCACACCCUGCAGAACUGUGGCCCCCCCUGCAGCCACGUGUCCCUGGACGGGCUUGCCUUCACCACCAACUUCAGCACGAUCCCAGGUGUGGAGCAGCAGCUGAAGGCACUGCAUGAGGUCUCUGACUCAAAUAUAGAGACUGAUUUAGAGGAGGUUAACAGAACGCUGGGCACGAUCCCUGACAAGGUGCAAGAGCAGUCCCAGGAAGUGGUGGCAAAGAGCCAGGACCAGCUGGGCCUCAUCAGGCAGAAGAUCAGAAGCUUGCAGGAAGAGUUGCCACUCCUGGACGUGGAGGAGAAAGUUGGGGCCUUUAUAAACGAUGCCACAUUGGUGCUGGAAGAGUACAGGGAGCCGACCAUCGCCUGGGAUGGGCUCAGGCUGAUCGUGUGUGCCCUCCUGUGCUGCACGGUGCUGCUGGUGGUGCUCUGCAACGUUUUUGGGCUGCUGCUGGGGCCACUGGGGCUGAAGGAAGGUGUUCUGCCCACACAGCGCAGCAGCCUCUCCGAUGCUGGCGGGAACUUCUUCAUGGCAGGGGUUGGCUUCAGUUUCAUCUUCUCCUGGCUGCUCAUGCUGGUGGUGAUGAUCAUCUUCGUGUUGGGGGGGAACAUUUACAUGUUCCUCUGUGCGUCCUGGCACAACCAGCAGCUCCUCCAGCUCUUGGACACCCCUGGCAUGAUCCCUAACUUCAAUCUCUCCGAGCUGCUGGGCCUGAAGAGUGACACGGCAAACUUCUCAGAGAUAUACAGGCAGUGCCAGCAAGAUGCAUCCCUGUGGCAAACUCUGCACUUGGAACAGAGCGUGUCCCUGGAUGAGCUCUUGAAUAUCAGCAAGUACACAGGAGACAUCUACACAGCUUUUGAGAAGGUGAACAUCACCCUAGGCCCCAUCUCCCUGCUCAGCCAGAGCCAGAAAGACCUGCUGCUGAGUGCCAGUCAGGCCGGACAGCCCCCCAACUUCACCCUCACCCUGGAGCAGUUGGAUAAGAAUGUGACCCAGGGAAGCCUCCUGGAUCUGGCUGCAGAGUUGGAGAAGCUGGCAAAAGAAGACACAGAUGUGAAGAAGGACCUGGAAGAUGAUGCUCACAGACUGAGGGAGCUGGAAAAAGAGAUGCAGGCAAGCUUCUCUGGGCCACUGCAAAGUCUGAAGGAGAAUAUCCACUCAGUGCAGAGAGGAGCUGCCCAGGUAGAGGGACAGACAACAGCUGCACUGGACAAAGUCAACAAAACCCAGGAGUUCCUGGAGAGGGAGAUGCCAAACAUCAUCAAGAACGAGACAUGGGCCUUCCUGGAGCAUCUGUUGGAUUUCUUCGAAACCUACAUUUUAUGGGCCAAGAGCAGGGUGACAGAAGAUGUGGCACGUUGCAAGCCCAUAGCUCAGUCCUUGGAUAAUGUGGAGGUCAUUGGCUGUGACUAUAUCAUGGACUCUGUGAAUGCCUUCUGGUUCAGCCUGGGCUGGUGCACCUUCUUCCUGCUGCCCAGCAUCAUCCUGGCUGUCAGACUUGCCAAGUUUUACCGCCGCAUGGAUAUUGCCGAUGUGUACAGGAAUGAAGACUUUGAGAUGCCACCAACAUUCAACUCCUACAAAAUCCCCAGGCCUUCUACAAGGCAUUAGCCCCCGUCACCUGUAGAUGGAGGACGAAAUGGACAGAACCCCUCACUUAACUAUUUAUUUUUGCAGGGAGCCUACCUCUUUCCAAGGCUGUAAUUUUUGGUGUCAAACAAUAAAUGGUGUGUUUGUGUGCACUGUGGGAUGUGACUGUGCUCCUCAGGUCCAGCAGUGAUGGAAUUGCACAGGGCUAGGGGCUGGAGGGUUCCCCACUGCUGGCACAAGCUGAGGCUGUGCCUGGGACCACAGGGCCCUUUCUGGUGUUCCCAAGUGUGCUCUGCCCAGCCUAUGGGUCAAUACAGGAUCACUGCUCAGCGUCACCAUGACCAGGUGAUGUUCCCCUCACUGGGCAGCCCUUUGCACCUCUGACUGGGUGAGUGCCAGGUCCCUCCCUGGGACAAGGCACACAAAGAGCCUCCUGUCCAUGAAGUGCCACCCCAAGCUGUCCCCAGCACAGCACUUCCCUCUGGCAACCUUAGUAUGUCUCAUCUGUGGAUUUCCAGUGAGUUUAUGGGGUGCCUGCAGCCCACGCCUCCUUCCCUCUGCAAGAUAUGGUGGCAUCAGUAUUUCUGUGCCCACCCCUGCACACCCCAUGCUCUGCACAGAAGGAGCUGCAUGCACAGAUAAACCAAGGGUGCCUUGGUUUAGAGCCUGGGGGCGAGUUCAGGUAUUGCUUUGUGCUGCUCCUUGGUGCAAGCGCAGGGACCAUCCCCAAAGCCGUGUCAGGCACAGGGGAUAUACGUGAGCAGCUUGACUCACUUCCUUUGUUGCAAAGUCCAAGUUUCUCUGGAGCUGAGUGAGAGGGCCAGGCCAGCCAGCUCCCCCCUCCACUACGUGCAUUUCUUUUUAUUGCUUUUUCCACUUGCCUUCAGAUCUAAUUGCUAGUUUUUCCUUUGGGCUUUAUCUGAAGCUGCACCAUCCUUACCUCCUGCUGUCUCCCCCAGCAGAGUCUCACCGCAGAGAGAGCCCUGCGCUCGCCUAUCAGUCAGCUGAAUCUGUCCUUCAGAUUGGGUUGGCCCCUGCUUCCCCCAGGGAUGUCCACCCUCCUGGUUGCUGGAGUGAGGUAUCCAGCAACCCCUUGGAAAACAUUCAGCUCUGUUUUGUCUCAUUUCCCUCUGCCCUGGACCCUCAGCCUCCAUAAUUCUGACUACUUCCUGUUUGUCUAGGGCCCAUAUGUGGAGGCUUCUACCCCCAAGCCUCAGGCUGUCCCUACUGCAUCAUGCUCCCCACUUCCUCUUCCCUUGCUGUGCCUUGGGGAUGCUAGCUCACAGGACUGCUGCUGGCUUCAGCUUCUGCUUGCUGGCUUUGUGGGCAUUGCUUCUUCCCUGCUCUGCUUUCUCCACAGCCAGUGCUGGAAGGCAGAGCUUGACCCUCAUUCACUGUGUCACUGUGGCCACCUGCACCCAAACGCAUCCCUGGCAAUGCAGGUGUCCUCCCCAAACCACUGCGCAGCCUUUGCCAAGGCGUGGGGCUUACUCUCAGCAGCUCCCCAUUCAGUGCAGCUCCAGGCCAGUGUUCCAAUCCCUGGAGCCAUGGCUCUAAGAGGUGCUGGGGUCCAUCAUCCUCCUCCCAAGCAGACCAGCAUCAGGCAAGGCCAGCAGCGGCCUGGAGAGGAGGCAAGGACAACCCAUUAAAAAUGUCCACAGUGGAUGCCACCAGCUCUCCUUUCAGGCCACGCUCCCUCUGCUUACGUGCAUGGCAGCUGUCAGAGUGAGAGGGAAACUCACAGUGCCCCAUGGCCAAAGCACAAGGCCCCCCACCAAGGAAGGGCUCAUCAAUAACCAGACAGACUCUAGGGAACCAUUGCAGCAGUUCCUCUUCCUCUUUGCCAGGCCUUGUUCCACCACAGGGACUUUCCACAGCCAAGCCCUUCUCUGGGGGAGACCCUGCCACAUCUGUACAGUGGUUUCACAAACAACAAUCUAUCUAACGGCAGCUCUGACGGUGCCUGGCAGCAGGAUUUUGCUGGGCCAGCCAGGUGCCCUCUGUUGCUAGUUUUCCUAAAGAAUAGACAAUUUGAAGAUCUUGAGGAAAAAAUCCUCCCUUCCUCAACUCUCUGUUGGGCCCAGCCACAGCUGUGCAUGGCCUGGGUGGCCCUUCCCUGUGGCACACAUGCUCCAGCCUGCCUGUGCAGACUCCUGCUAGUACCACAGAGGGAAUGGGCUUAUCUGGGCAUGCCCCCUGAGCCCAGCUGUACCAGUUGUGAGCCAUGCUGGGCAGCACCAGAGAGACGAGCCUGGCCCCUUUUCACCAGAGGCAAAACCAGACUGCCCUCCUCCUGAGGGUGUGUACUGUCAUAACAUCCACCACCACCUCAGCAGUGCUUUAGGAACCUUUAUUUUUAAAAGGAGACUGUCUCCCACGCUUAAGACCACUCUCAAGAGGAUUAAUGCAGGUGAAUCUCCUGCAGCCGAACAAGGCAACAGACAGCUCCUUUACACCACAGCCCAGAAUGCAGGGGCAAAGCCACAGCCAGGGUCUCCCUCCCUGGGUGGAGGGAGCCAGGCACCGGGCACCUAGAGAGGCUGGAACUUGGAUCUUCCUGCACAAACUGCUCUCAAGUUACAUUGAUUUUGCAAACAGAGGCACAAUAUGAGCCAGACAACCCUGACAAAGCCC